UGGGUCACGUGUACUGCGUGGGCGUGGUUUUGUUUGGUUGCGCUUGCCUGAGGGGAGAACUUCGGCGGUUUGCCUUUGAGUGUCUCUUCAGUUUUAAUAAUUUUAGACAUGGAUAUCAACAAGUCCAGAAACUCCGCCCAGACAUCACCUUCCUUGAAGUUGUCAAAUGGAUACAUCCUACCCCAGGGAAAGCUGACUCCCAAUGCCCUCUUUGUCGGUGGGAUUGACAUGAAGGUGGAUGAAAAUGAAAUUUGUGACUUCUUUGGAAGAUUUGGGUCAGUUAAAGAAGUAAAAAUUAUCACAUACCGUGGAGGGAUCUGCAAAGGUUAUGGGUUUGUCUACUUCAAUGAAGAUGUCAACAUUCAGUCAAUCAUUGAGCAACAGAUCAGUAUUAAGGGCCGAAAACUCAAGCUGGGCCCUGCCAUCAUGAAAGAAAGAAGCUCUCGGUCCAUGCCGUUCCGUAUGGUUGGUUUGGCUCCAUGGAUGAAUCCCACCCAGUACAUGUACUGUACCUGUUGCUCACCCAUGGGAGGAGGGGUGCCCCAACCCUCACCCAUCCUCAAUGGAAGCAGCCCAUACAGUCAGCCCUACUCCUACAACAACUUCGGAGGGGUCAUGAUCCCACAGAUGCCAAUGAACUACACACAGAAUGCCUACGGCUACCAGAGCUUUGUGGAUUGUGGAGUCCAGACUAUGCUGAAUGUCCUGUAGUUUACUGCAGCUAAGCCCCGUGGAAGUCUCACUCAGAUGCAGACUACAGGGGCUUCAGUGAGUCACGAUGCUGACAGGACGACAUCUUGGUGUUCCGUACGACUGGAAGCGACGCCACUCUUCAGACUGUUUUCAGAAUCGCCCUCGUCUCAAUGUUUUGAGAGCCAUUUUAACAUCAGUCUUCACCUGCUUUCCACUUUAACCGUCUUAAUAUAAUCCCAGACACUUUUACCACGAUUGGUGUGGUUGACCUUCGGUCAUCUGCUUUUAAGUCACAUGCAUCACAAUGACAGUUGCACCACAAGAGCAGAGCACCCUCACCAUCCCAGCUCAUACAUGGUAUCGAAGUCUUUUUUUUUUUUUUUUUUUUCCUUUGGUAACUAUCCUGAGCCAAAGAUGGGAAGAGUUUUAAGCUCACUCUUACUUUCGCUCACUUCACGCUUAUUCAUGUUUUAUGUUUGGAAUUAUUUUAAAUGUUUGUUUGGUUGUGGUUUCUUAAGACUCUGCAAGGCCUCUCUGUAUAUAACCCUGUUCAUUAACUCAUCUACUACAGUACAAGGACAUUCGGGCAUUUAUUAAUUUCAAGCACUCGCAUUUAUUUUGUGCUCUUAUUUUAUUUCAGUGGGCUUCAACUGAGGGAGUAAUUUAUGUCACAGUAUAGCACCUUAUCAGUAUCUCGUAUUUUGUUAUUUCAGUUAAUGGUCUGUUAAAUGGUUGCAGGGGUUCAUGCGCGAGGACAGGCACGGCAUCAAUUUAGUUUACAGUUACUCAUCAUUCUGGGGGAAAAGUGCGAAAUUAAGGACUUGAUUUAAAGUUGGGUGUUACACCUGUUUGUUAAAGGCAGAAUGUUCACUGUUAAUGUUCACGUAGUACUUAGUACAUUUUGGAUUUUAAUCUAGUUGCAGGUGACCGUACACAAAGCAUUUUACAGACUUCCUGAGCGAGCAAUAUUUUAAAUACUUUUUUUUUUUUAAGGGCAACUAUACUUGAUUUGUCUUAAGUUAAUUCGUAGGAUUUAAAAUGCACAUUGAUGGUGUGUGGUGUACAUCACAGAUUUAUUUGUCCUUUAAUAUUGGUGUAGUUUUACGUUGACAUUGACCUCGGGGUCUGACAUUAUUGUGUUAAAACAGCUUUGUUACGAGAGCCUGCUCUGCUUUUGGUGUUUUUGUUAGUGUUGAUGUUUUGUAGGGUUUCUAUAUAUUUGUCAAAAAAAAGAAAAAUAAUAAUAAAAGUUUAAAUAUGUUGAG